AUGGUGGACGACUGGGUCUCGCGCCACCCGCACCUGCGGCGGCUCUCGCGCGCGGGCUCGACCGGCGACCUCGCGGCGGCCGCGGCGGCGGUCCAGGCCGAGGAGGCCAAGGUCCAGGUCGAGGCGGUUGCGCCGGCCCCCGACGUGCCGCCGGCGGCGGAGCCCGCGCCGUCCGUGACGCCGUCGCCGCCGACGUCCGCGCGGACGCGGCCCGCGCGCGAGAGCCGCGUCGCGCGCGCGACGGGCGACGGCGCGCGCGUCAUCCCCGACGCGGAGGUGCCUCCAGAGAUGGAGGCGCUCCUCCGGUCGCUCCAGACCGCGGCCGCCGCGCGCGGUCCGCUCCGGCGGCCCGCGGCGGACGUCGCGGCGCUCUUCGCGGCCGCGACGCGCCUCUUCGAGGCCGCGGCCGUCGCCGCGGCCACGCCGCCGGGCGACGACGACGACGAGCUCGAGUCCCUCGACGCCAUCGCGCGCGGCGCGGAACGCGCCGCGGACGCGUUCGUCGAAGGCCGCCGCCCGGACCUCGCCGCGUCCCUCGCGACGAUUAUGGACGCCGCGGCGCCGAACGCGGCGCCGGAGGGCGACGUGCCCGUCGACGUCACGGUCGAAAUGGAGCCUCUCCGCGCGCGGUUCCUGUCCCGCGGCGAGCUCGACGAGGGCCGAAACGCGCCCUGA